ACUCUUUUUAAAUAAAGAAUGUGGGAUAGAUCUUAUAAGUAUAUAAAGUGCCAAUUUAAGUUAUGCAUUUUUAUCGUAUAGCGUGUCCGCUUACCACUGAUUUACGGAUCACAUCUAUUACAAACGCAAUAUCGCAUCUUUUUUCGCUCGAAAUUACAAAUUUUGUGAAUUGUUCAAUAUCGUUGUACUACAAUGUCUCUCUCGAAAAAAGUUAUCCUGAUAACAGGGGCCAGUUCAGGAAUUGGAGCUGAAACAGCUAUUCAUUUAGCUCAGCUUGGUGCAUCGUUGUCGAUAACAGGGCGUAAUAAGCAGAAUUUAAACAAGGUAGCUGAACAAUGUGGACAACCCAAGCCGUUUGUCGUAGUGGGAGAUCUAGCCAAUGAGAACGACGUGAAAAAUAUUAUCGACUCGACAAUCAAGCAUUAUGGGAAAUUAGAUGUUUUAGUUAAUAACGCUGGAAUUUUUGAAUUAGGUACUAUAGAGACUGCAAGCUUGGAACAGUAUGACAACAUUUUCAACGUAAACGUUCGGUCAGUAUUCCAAUUGACUGCGUUGGCAGUGCCACAGUUAAUCAAAACGAAAGGCAACAUUGUAAAUGUUUCAAGCGUAUAUGGAUUACGACCAACGAGGAAUAAUUUGGCAUAUUGCAUGAGUAAGGCGGCUCUGGAUCAAUUUACGCGUUGCGUUGCUUUAGAACUGGGAUCACGACAGGUGCGUGUGAAUUCCGUAAAUCCUGGCGCUGUACAAACAAAUCUCUUUCGGAACUGUGGAAUGAGCCAAGAACAGAGGAAAAUCUUUUUCGAGCAAUUAAAAGAACUGCAUGCUUUAGGAAGAAACGGCGAUGCUUUAGAAAUCGCAAAAACCAUUGCAUUUUUAGCCAGUGACGAUGCUAGUUUCAUAACAGGAGUGACAUUAUCUGUGGAUGGAGGUAUGCAUGCUAUGCCACCUUCAAUAAAUAUGCCGUUACUUGUAUAAAGAAAAAGUAUUUUAUAUUAUUUUUUUGUGGCUGGGUUCCUU